GGACUCCUUAGCGCACGCGCAGUUCAGUUCCGUAAGCGUCGGGGUGUUUUGUUUGUCAGCGACACUAAGGGAGAGAAGUGUUUAUUCACCGCCGCCAAAGGGCCACCAACGACGGCUUGAGACAUCUCACGGUGUAUCCAGUAUGGGUGCCGCUUCGAGCACCGAGGCAGAGAGGGAGCCGCUUCUCGUCCCGUCUCACGCCGAGGCGAGCGGUCCACCAGUCAACAGCCGAGUGUUCGGUCGAAGAUGGCUGGUUCUGAGCCUCUUCUCCCUGCUAGCCCUCAUGCAGGGCAUGGUGUGGAACUUCUGGGGGCCCAUCCAGAACUCGGCCGUCCACGCCUUCGGUUUCACCAAGUCCGACAUCGCCGUAUUGGUUCUGUGGGGUCCAGUGGGUUUCAUUCCAUGGCUGCUGUUCAUGUGGGUGAUGGAUAAAAGAGGUUUGCGGGAGUCGCUCCUCCUGUCUGCCUUCUUCAUGCUGCUGGGGUCGAUCCUACGUAGCGUCCCACUGUCGGACCCUCCCCUCCGUCGCUGGUUAAUUCACGGAGGUCAACUUCUGAACGGUCUAGCCGGUCCGACCAUAAUGAGCGCCGGACCCUUCCUGUCCACCACGUGGUUCGCUCCCGACCAGAGGGCCACCGCCACCGCCGUGGCCUCGCUCUUCUCCUACCUGGGCGGAGCCGCAGCCUUCGUCGUGGGACCUCUCAUCGUACCCGCUCCCAACGGAACUCAGGCGGCGGGCACCACGGCCAUGACGGCUGCCAUGUUGGAUGACUCCAUCCGAGAGAAGAUCCAGCUGGUUUUAUAUGCAGAGCUGGCCGCCAUCGCCGUCCUGUUUGCCGCCGUCCUCUUCUACUUCCCCUCACGCCCGCCGUUGCCCCCCAGCGUGGCCGCCGCCAGCCAGAGGCUCAGCUACAGGAGCAGCAUCUGCAGACUGCUCAGUAACCUGCGGUUUGUGAUGAUAGCGUUGGCCUAUGCUGUCCCCACUGGAGUGAUUGCUGGCUGGGCGGGAGUCCUUGACAUGAUCCUGACACCAGCCAAUGUCAGCCAGGUGGACGCAGGCUGGAUCGGUUUCUGGUCCACGGUGGGCGGCUGUGUGUUCGGGGUGGCCAUGGCCAGGUUUGCCGACUCCAUCCGGGGAAUGCUGAAACUGAUCCUGGUGCUGAUGCUGGCCGGCGCCUCUCUGUCCUCCACCUGGUUCACACUCACCUGUCUGAGCAGGUUCACGCACCUCCCCUCCACCGCAGCCAUCUUGUACACGUCCUGCAUCCUGGUGGGCAUUUUCAUCAACAGCAGCGUGCCCAUUUUCUUCGAGCUCUUCAUCGAGACGGUGUACCCGGUCCCCGAAGGCAUCACGUGCGGCGUGGUCACCUUCCUGGGCAACCUGUUCACGGGGCUGCUCCUCUUCUUCCUCACCUUCUACUGUAAAGACCUGUCCUGGUUGAACUGGUGUCUGACGGGUUCCUGCGUCUUCAGCCUGGUGCUCAUCCUCUUCUUCAGGGAGUCCUACGACCGUCUCUACUUGGACGUCUUCGUCUCCGUGUGAGGAGGAGACCAAAGCUACGGGACGUUUAAAAAAAAAAAAAAAAAAUCAACCGGACUUGCACAAGGAGGGAGGAGAAAAGGGAGCUAGCAAGGUGUUAGCGUGUAUAUAUGGACAUCUUGAUAAGGACUCACACUUCCUGUUUGGUUUUUUAACUCGUUUACACUUGAUGUGGUUUUAACUUUUGUCGCCUCUCUAAAAGUGGAUGCUGCCAGCAUGCAGACACUUUUAUAAAAAUGAUUUGUAUUUUUAUGUUGCCAUGGUGACCGACGUCAUGACGCUAACAAUGCUAUUUGUGUUGUCUUUGUUCCUCGCUAGCUGGCCAGUAUUUAUUGGAAGCGUUUUAGCCAAAGUCUUUCAUUGUGUGGACGCCAAGCGAGGAUCCUGAGACGGAAAAGGGAAAAACAAAAGGAUUCUAAAAGGACUCGGACACAAAGGAAGUGUUUUUGUUUUUGCACACGGCGUGGGAAUCGUCUUUGUUUCGACUCACCUUGCACCCAAACCUUUUACCGCCUCCUGCCUUCCUUGUCUCGUGUCGUGAAAGGUCACGUCCUCGUCGUCGGCUCCCAUGUGGGCGGCACCCAGGAAAUGUCCUAAAUGUGCUAAGACAAAAGAACAAAUGUGACCUUUGAAUCUUUCCAGCACCUUAUUAUUAAAAACAUUAAACUCUU